GGGCCAAAAGUACCAGAUCCAUGUCCACCUCUACUAUCCGUUCUUUCCAACACUGGCACUAAUAAAUGAAAAAACUAUAUUUAAUAAAAACAGCAAGAUGACUCAAGGCAACAACACCCAUCAGCUGGAUGAGGCUCUCCAAGAAGACAGCAAUCUGCAGAACGUUUUGAAAAACUUCGAAUCCACAAUUGCCGUUCUGGAAGCCGACUUGGAAAAGGCGCUUGCUUUGCAGAAUGGUCGCUCCUUAUCCCUGGACGAUCAGAUUAAGCUGGACACCUAUCUGACCUAUUUAAACAGCACUCUGUUUUGGAUCAACCUGAAGCUGCAGGGCGUGGAUACCUCCAAGCAUGCUGUCGUCCACGAUCUGGGACGUGCCAAGGAAAUGCUGGCCCGCGAUAAGGAGAUAAACGCUGCCCUGGCUGCCCCACGUUUGGAUGUCCGUGCCGCCAAGAGAUUUAUUGCAGCCGGCAUGCACACGCGGUUUGUUGACAUGGACGGCGUUAUGGUCACGGAAGAUCAGUAUAAGCGCAGUCUGGCCGAGAGUGGGAAGGGAGACAACUGACAAGGACUGUGUUUGAUCAUCCUCUAAGAGUACAAAAUAAACUAGAUAAGAUUUUGCCUUAAAA